AUGUACCCCAUCCGGCAGCUUCCCGACGGGUCCUACAGCGUCCUGCCGGACCACAGCAUCGGCGCCACGCCCGCCAAGAUGCGGGCCGGCGCCGGCAAGGGCGCGGGCGCGGGCGCAGACCCGUCGCUCCUUGGGACGCUCGCCGAGGCGGUCGCGGCGGCCGAGGGCGACGGCGCGCGCGUUAGCAGGGCGGGCGGGCGCGGGAGCGGGGGCGGCACGGUCGGCGGGGCGCAGCGGGGGGCUGGGGCUGGCGGCCAGGCGGCGGAGGCUGAGUCACUGUCGGCAUGA